CCUUUGCCUAUACCUUUACCUUUGCCCUUACCCUUCUCUCUCUCUCUCUCCAAUUAUGUUUUCCUUUCACAAAAACAUUAACUCCUAAACUAGAAAACCAGUGGAUAUUUCUUUUUUGAGGUCUGCUUAACUACACAUAUAGCUCAUCCUAUAUAGCUCCCCUAUUCUGCUAUACAAAUUCCCAACACUUGCCACAACUCCCCAAAAAACACACUAACAUAUUUUAAAAUAAAGUAAAUAAAAAAAAAAAAAAACACCAACUCUUUUAAAAGAUGACCCUUUGUCCUCCAACAACAACAAAUCAAGUUCCCUCUGUCUGUUUCUUUGAGUUUCUUUCUAUCAAGUGACACCCCACAAACACUCCAUUUUUUCCUCACAUUUGUGUAACUAUUAGUUUGGUUUAUCUUGUUGUUGGAUGGAUUUUGGUGUCAUGGAUAGUGGUGGUGGGGUGAAUAUUUGUUCAGACAAUACUAGUUAUAUGUUUGUCGAGACAAAGCAAAAGUUGUACGGAUCUAGUGGAUUUCACAAACAUGAAAGGUCUGAAGAUGAAUGGAACAAGGACACUAAAUUAGCUAGAACAACUAGUCCUAAUUUGCUCAUGAGAUCUAAUGACAGCCACCAAAUGCUUAGCUUUUCUACACCAAAUUCUCAGAAUGUGACAAUGCCUUAUUAUUAUCAACACCCUUCAAAUGCUUUUGGUAGGAACUCUGCAGGUUGUGGCAGUGGAGCUUUGAAUGCUGGAAACAUGCAUGGGCUAAUAGCAGGGGUAAAAGGGCCAUUUACUCCAUCACAAUGGAUGGAGUUGGAACACCAGGCCUUGAUCUACAAGUACAUAGUUGCAAAUGUACCAAUACCUCCUUAUCUCCUUAACCCCAUCAGAAAAGCUCUUGAAUCUGCUGGCUUCUCAACUUUUGCUGGCCUUAGACCCAAUGUUUUGGGAUGGGGUGGUUUCCAUCUAGGAUUCUCCCACAGCAAUGAUCCCGAACCAGGAAGGUGUAGGAGAACAGAUGGGAAGAAAUGGCGGUGCUCAAGAGAUGCAGUUGCCGAUCAAAAGUACUGUGAGCGACACAUGAACAGAGGCCGCCAUCGUUCAAGAAAGCCUGUGGAAGGACAAACUGCCAAUUCCGCCUCCGGUGCUACUACUUCCGCCAAGCCGAUGUCUUCCUCAGCAUCAGCAGCUUUGGCUUCCGGAAGCGCUGCUGCAUCCAACAGUCUCUCACAUCACAACCAACUCUGCAACUUGCAGCCUGCUGCAACUAAUCCCUCCUCGACAUCCACUUAUCUAGAGAGGAGUUAUACGGCUAAGGGAAAUUUUGGUGAAAGGUACUCGGAUACAAAAGGCCCUAUAAUUGUUUCACCAAGUGUAAAAGAGAGUCAAUAUUCAAUUCAGAAGGAGCAGAAUCUUUAUGGAGUAACCUCCAGUUUCGGAUUAGUUUGUGCUGACUCUUUGAUCAAUCCACUGAAUAAAAUCUCUUCAAUAGUGAACUGCCGUAGCUAUGGCAAUUCAGAUGAUAUAAGUGAUCAAGAAAAAAAUAAAUCACAGCAUCAUCCACUCCGACAGUUCAUGGACGAUUGGCCUAAAAACCAAUCUGAUCAAUCCAAUGUUUCAUGGCCCGGCAUUGAUUUGCAGUCAGAUCCUACUCAGCUCUCCAUUUCUAUCCCUGUAGUCAACACUUCAGACUUCAUGUCUUCCACUUCCUCUCCUACAAAUGACAAACUCACGGCCUCACCACACGGGCCCACACGUGAGCACGAAGCAACUCAAAUGGGACUAGGCAUUGGUACCAGAAGUUGGAUUCCUAUAAGUUGGGAAUCUUCAAUGGGUGGACCCCUUGGGGAGGUCUUGCAUAGCAGCAGCUCGGGUGAUUGCAAGAACAAGUCAUCAGCUCUUAAUCUCAUGACUUACGGUUGGGAUAGGAGCCCGACCGGGGUCUUACAAAAGAACUCGUUCCGUUCCCUUUCCAACAGCAGUGCUGGAAGUAGUCCUAGAGCAGAAAACAGUAAGACAACGAACGAAGGCUCCAGUCUUUGUAAUGGCCUUCUUGGAACAACUCUUAUGAAUCCAACCCUGCCUGCCAUGUAAUAUGUAUUAAACUAGGAUAUGCUAUUUUGUGUAAUUCUACAAGUGAGCUCCUUCCCUUUUUCCCCCUUAUGCUCGCACCCCCUUGCCAAAUCUUAGUGUACUGAAGAUAUUAAAUGACCAAGUGUGCCUGUUAAGAUUUGUUCAUUUGUUUA